AUGCGACCUUGCUCACAAUUCCACCCCCCAGACGUGUUCUCCUUUGACCUCAUGUGCCCCACCGCACUCCACCUCCCCGUUUCCCAACUCCCACUGCCAGCCACCUACCAGGCCCCGUCAGCCCCCUGCAAAGCAGUGUCGGGUGUAUUUUGGCGUCCAUGCCGUCGUCACUCAAAACCCUUCUCCCCUUCCCCCGACACGCAUUCCGCUCAACAAGCCUUCCCCCUCCAACAUGCCUUCCCCCUCCAACAUGCCUUCCCCCUCCAACAUGCCUUCCCCUGCACCGGCCAUGCCCACGCAACCCCCACCGCCCUUCCCCCUCAUCCCCACCCACGGCAAGCGGCGCAUGCCCUGCACAGACGUUUACGCACUUGCCUUGCCACGUCCUUCCUCCCCUCCCCCAACAUCCAACCCCGAACACGCCUGCCCUGUGCCAUCCCUGUCCCCCUCAGCCCCAUGGCAAGCGGCGCAUGCUGUGCUCCGACGUGUAUGCUCUGGCCACCCUUUUCCCUUCCUCUUAACAUGCCUUCCCAUGCCACCCCCGGCCCCCCUCCCCCUCAGCCGCAUGGCAAGCGGCGCAUGCUGUGCACGGACGUGUACGCCCUGGCGACGCCCUUCCACGUGGUGGUGCGCGUGCUGCCCCUCGCCCUGCCUCACCAAGUCACCGUGCUCUGGCCGCCCAUGGGACCACUCGAGACCGACUAUGUGCGUUCCGUGCAGCAGCGGGGCGUGGCUGUGUUCCGCCUGCCGCACGGGCUGUGGGGGGCGGUGAAGGCGCUGCUGCAGCUGCUGCCUCUAGCGUCCGACAGCAGCGUGGGCGAGGCGGCUCAGAUGCGCUUCCUGCAGCAGCACAUGCACGCCUCCUUCCACCCCCAUGUGCCCCUCGCCCCGCCACCCGACCUCACUCUUCCCGCCGCCACGGCCUUCCUUGCAAGCGGCGAUCUGCUGCUGACGAGCAAGUUCCGCGGGCCGUGGGGGCUGUUUGAGACCAUGGAGAAGUGGGUCACCGGCAGCUAUGCUGCCCACGCCGCCCUGCUGCUGCGCACUGACAGCGCAACUGCGGGUGCGGGUGAGGGGGGUGAUGGGCGUGAUGGGGUUGAAGGAGUGGGGGAGGGGAGGGAGGGGGAGCUCUGGGUUGCAGAGAGUGGGCGGAUCAGCGUGGCAGGGCGGCCGGAGAUUGCGGUGGAGCGGUUUGCAGAGUGGUGGAGGCGUAUGCAGAGGGAUCCGAGUGGGCAGCACGUGGUGGUGCUACGGCUGGGGGAGGAGGGAAGGCAGCGGUGGGACAAUGGGCGCGCGUGGGCGUUUGUGAGGGCGAUGGAGGGGCAGCAGUUUGGGUACCACAACAUUAUGUUCAGCUGGAUUGAUACACCUGCGAGCAACUUUCCCCCGCCUGUCAAUGAGAACACUGUGGCAGCGCUGGCAGCCGUGUGGAGCCGAGUGCAGCCAGAGUAUGCCGCCCGCAUUUGGAACGAGGCCCUCAACAGACGCCUUGGGACACAGGUGAGUGGUCAGAUGAAUGGUCAGGUGAGUGGUCAGAUGAAUGGUCAGGUGAGUGGUCAGAUGAAUGGUCAGGUGAGUGGUCAGAUGAAUGGUCAGAACCACUCUCUAGAGCAAGUACUGGUCGAGUGUCAGCGCCGAAAUAUUUCGUUCGGGCAGCUGCUGGCGCUGCCCGAGCAGGACAGCUGGCGCUACAGUGACGGGCUGUCGCUGUCGUGUGUGGCGUUUGCGCUGCGCGUGUGGAAGGAGGCGGGUGUGUUUGGCGCCAUGGGGGAACACAUCAACGUCAGCGAAUUCACGGGCCUUGCCCUCGUCUCACCACCUGCCAGGAGGUCCUUCUUUCCCUCCUACUCCCGCUUGCAUCCUCCACCCUCACCCUUUUCAACAUGCAUGCUGCCAUGCUUUGUCCGUCCCUCUGCUCUGUGUGUCAUCCUCUGCCCAUCCGCCCUGGCCCUCCAUCAGAUCCGAGACGCCUACCAGCUGCAGCUCUUUGCUUCCAACGCCUCCCACCUGCCCUCCUGGUGCUUCAGCCAAGAUCAAUCGGAGCAGUCGGAGCAAUCAGGGCACGAGGAGCAGGCAGGGCAGAAGGGGGAUAAAGAACAACUUGGAAGAAGGGAGAGUAGGGGAGAGAGGGAAGGGGGUGAUAUGGAGCAGGGAGGGGAGGGGGCAGGUGGUGGUCGGGCGUGGUGUCAGCUGCUGGGCAAGUGGCGUUUUGACCUGCCUGGUUUCAACUCCAUCCCUCUUUAUGCCCACAUGAACGAACGAUGCCCCACUCUUCCUCCCAGCUACAUACGCCCGUCCUUUUGCUGA